GGAACCAUCGCCAGUUCAAUAUUCCAACAACUUUUUUCAACGCCCAACAGACCCCAAAAUCCAAUCCAUUUCCGGCAGCCAUUAACAAACCCCAAUUGCCGGCGGCAGGCAGCGCCGCUGUAAGCUUCGCCCCUAACCUCAUUCACCGACACACUCUUUUUUAUCUCUCUCUCUCUUCCUCUGAUGUCGACAGCUGCGAUUUAAGGAUCUUCUGAAGCUCAUCUCAAAUUGCAUCUGCAGCUGAAUUUUACUUCGAGAGGAACGAACUAGUGGGGAGGAGAGAUGAACUCUUUGACUGCGAAACCAUCCAUUUUUCUACCUAAGUUAUCUUCUUCUUUGUCCAAUGGGCCUCGGUUGCCUUCUUCUUCGGUGAGUUUUCAUUGGAGAGCGAAGAAUGGUGGUGGCGGUGGAAGAGGAAGGUUGGUGCUGAGAGUCCAAGCUAGUGGAGCUGCUAAAUCAGAUGGGUCUAAUGACACUAAUGGCGCUCUGAGGAGCAGGAGAGAAAUUCUGAUGGAGUAUGUGAAGACCGUGCAGCCUGAAUUUAUGGAGCUCUUUUCCAAGCGGGCAUCCCCGCAGGUGGUUGAUGCAAUGCGGCAGACUGUGUCCAAUAUGAUUGGGACUCUACCUCCACAGUUCUUUGCUGUAACUAUUAGCACUGUAGCUGAAAAUCUUGCGCAGCUUAUGUACAGUGUAUUGAUGACUGGUUACAUGUUUAGGAAUGCUCAAUACCGGCUAGAGCUCCAGGAGAGCUUGGAGCACGUUGCUCUUCCUGAUGUGAAGGAAAAACAGCUGGACAAUACAGAUUAUGCACCCGGUACGCAGAAGAAUGUGAGUGGUGAAGUUAUCAGGUGGAACAAUGUCUCUGGUCCUGAAACAAUCGAUGCUAAAAAGUACAUUGAAAUACUCGAAGCAGAGCUUGAGGAACUGAAUCGACAAGUUGGUAGGAAGUCCUCGCAUGGCGGAAAUGAGUUGCUGGAUUACCUCAGGACUCUCGAACCCCAGAAUAUCAAGGAGUUGACGAGUAGUGCUGGAGAAGAUGCUGUUGUUGCAAUGAACUCGUUCAUUAAGCGCCUGUUGGUGGUGACAGAUCCCGAGAAGAUGAAGAGCACGGCAGAGACCAGUGCAACCGAACUAGGGAAGCUGCUCUACUGGCUGAUGGUGGUUGGCUACAGCAUACGCAACAUUGAAGUUCGAUUUGAUAUGGAACGAGUGCUCGGUUCCUCCCCAAAGAUGCCCGAGUUGCCUCCAGGGGAAUCCUAAAGUUUAAUCUACACUUCUGGAGAUCCACUGCCCUUGAUUUGAUGCCAAUUACCAAGGCAACCAGAGAUGUUGUACUGUAAACGUUAGUUGAAGAAAUGGCUUGUGAUUCCAUAUUUUGGAAAAGUCGUUCCGCUUAGAGAGCGACAAGCCCAGCUUGACUGGCCAAAUUGUACUCGGAUAGAACAGCUUUUAUUUUUUGCCUCCAUUUUCAUGCAGUAAUGUUAGAAGCUCUGCAUGGCUCUAGAGAUUAUCUUCUGUUAAUAGUUGGUCAGUUCAAAUAAAUUGAUUGAUCAUAGAAAGUUGCGACGUUAGCAGGCCAAUUUAUGAGUUGAUUUAGG